AUGCUUCUUCUGUAUCUUGGUUAUAUUCUGUUCCUUGUCCCAAUCCCAUCUGCUUCGCAGCCUCCAGCUGCGCUGCAGCUUCUCCAAUUCCGUAACAGUCUGCCAGAAACCUCAAAGUCUCUCCUGCAAUGGAACCAAACCACCUCAUCUUCUGCUCACUGCAGCUGGCCUGGUGUUUCUUGCUACUCAAAUGAAACUGAUUUUCGCGUGGAAAAACUGGAGCUAAAGGGAUACGGCCUCAGUGGGGUUCUAGAGGAUUCGUAUUCAUUCCUGUGUGAGGUUCCUCAUCUGGUUCUUGUUGAUCUCAGUGGCAACAAUUUCGGUGGAAGCAUUCCUGCUGUGCUUGGAAACUGCAGUCAGCUCAUCGAUGUUAAUCUCAACAGCAAUCACCUGUCAGGCCCAAUUCCACCUUAUGUUUUCAAACCAGGGAAGCUUCUAGCUCUCAACUUGGGCAGCAACAAACUAUCCGGCAUGAUUCCAGCUGAGGUGGGGCAAUGCAAACGUCUUGAAUUUCUUUCAUUGGAGAAGAAUUCACUGAGCGGUCAAAUUCCAAGUCAACUGUUUUCUAUUCAGAGUCUGAGAUAUCUCUACUUGACUCUGAAUAAAUUAAAUGGAACCUUGCCUGAUCUUCCGUCCAGAUGCUCGCUUCUUGAACUGCAGCUGCCUGAAAAUUCAUUCCAUGGUCCCUUGCCAUCAUCCAUAAGCAACUGUCAUGAUCUCCUAGUACUGAAUGCAUCUAGUAACCAUCUUGGAGGAGUGAUUGAGCAGGAUAUUUUCAAGGGGCUGAUGCAGCUUGAAAGACUGUCCUUGGAUCACAACAAAUUUGAAGGGCAAAUUCCUAUGUCCUUCUGGAGUCUCAGAAAUUUAACGAGACUCGUGCUUUGGAACAACAGCUUUAGUGGGAGGAUUCCUGAAGACAUCAGGCAAUUGGAUCAGCUUGUUCGCCUAGACUUAUCUAUAAACAACUUGACUGGUCCUAUUCCAGCUUCAGUUUCUUAUCUCAGGAACUUGGAGAUCAUGUAUCUCGAUAAAAAUAAGCUCAGUGGUCCUCUACCACCAGGAAUCGGAAACUGCACUUCUCUAGUCGAUAUUAUAUUACGUGAAAACAACAUCAGUGGAUUUAUUCCUCCUGAAAUUUGUGGCCUACGGAAUUUGGAGUAUCUCAUGCUGAAUCACAAUCAGAUUGAGGGUCCUAUACCACAUUGCAUAGACAGUUUGAUAUCUCUUCAAGUGUUCAGCAUUCUUGGUAAUCGUAUGACAGGCAGAAUACCCCCUGGAAUUACCAAGUUGGCAAACCUUACACAACUUAUUUUGUCUCUAAACAAGUUAGAAGGCGAGAUUCCAUCAGAUCUGGGCAAGAAUAUUCCUGGUUUAUUUAUCUUGGAUCUUAAAGGAAAUCAGUUCACUGGAGAAAUUCCAAGUGCUGCAUGCUCUGGCAGCCGUCUUUGGCACUUCAUCCUUGAUGACAACAAAUUUACAGGCGGUUUCCCCACAGAAAUCAUCAAAUGUAAGUCCCUGAUUAGAUUCUCUCUCAAAAACAAUCGUUUGCAAGGAAGCAUACCGAAUGACAUGGGAAAUUCAUCCAGCAUUGAAUAUUUUAAUAUUCGAGGAAACAUGUUUGAAGGAACCAUCCCAAUGAGAAUAAGUUUUCAGGCUCAAUACCAAAGAAAUUUGGGGAGCUUCAAAAUCUUGUAG